UUCACCUCUAAUAUCUGAUCAGAACCCGUUUGUCAGCUUCAGGACAAUCUGCCCUUACUGGGGUCAAGAAAGCAUGAAGACAAUCUCAUUUUCCCAUCGCACCCGGGCUUUGAAUUUUACGCAAAUAAUGAAGACGUUCAUGAAUUUCAGGUAACAUCCCAGGUAGCUUCAGCCCAACAUUUUCCCAGAGAGAAGCGAGACGAUGUGCACCAACCAGGAAUUUCACACUGCAAUGGGAAAUUCAGUUUGUGACCCAACUCUCCUGGUUUGAGCCUGACUGGCAGCAUUUCUCCAGGGAUCAUCAGAUAUUUGAUCUUCUGUAGUCGGUAGGACACGAAGCACCUGCUUAAUUUUUCUUCCAGAGAUGCCAGUGGGACUUUAGCUCAUACUUAAUGGUUUUGUGCCACUGGGGCACAUGAGUGUAUUUCACAGGGCAUGCGGAGUCCUGUCCUGCAAACACGGAGACAGAUGUCUAAGUCCCAGUCAUGCGCACAGCACGGGCAAUGCCAGCAGGAGAACAACAUGCUGAAAAUGAACAGAAUUCUUAAACACAAAGAAUAAAAUACUGUAAACAUUGCUGUUCCACACAGACUGAGAGGCCAGAAAAUGCCACCACACCCUAUUGACUUUGCUCUUUUUCCCAAGGAUUUCAGGAAGUAAAAUCAACAGAAUUUGUGGGAGUAUUUUUCAUGCUGGUUAAAUCUUUGCUUUUGGCUGCAUUUUGAAUGGAAAGGUUCAAAGAUUUCAAAAAGAAAUUGCACCUGUAAAGAGCUAGAAAUUCAAGACUGAUUGCACCCUAAUGUUAAACAUGCAAAUAAUACAAUUCCACAAAGCUGGGCAAAAUAUUUUUUCAGAAAAUCUGUCUCUUUCAUUGAAAUGUUUUUUAGAUCAAGAUGGAAAUGUAUCAGCCACAUCAUCAGAUGACUGGAGGCAGUGCAAGGGCCACCUCUGGGUGGGAUGGAGUUGUCCUCUGGAGAUGCCAAUAUGUCUAGAAAGGCAGCCUAGACAACCUGCCAUAGACUAAACACCUAAUAUUAAAUAGUCAAAAUUCGAGAUGACACCUAAAUAUAGUGUCUCAGAGGCAAAUCAUGGAUCAGGGCCUCUUUGUGAUUGGUACUGAGUCAGCUCAAAAGAUGGUCUCUGCCCAACAAGUGUGAACAGUCAAGGGCAACUGGAUAAAUUAGAGCCCUGAGCAAGAUGUCAGGCUUCGUGAACAUCACACCUGCACUUUGCCUUUGGGCAAAGAAAUGAAAUAUUUCCAUUCUGAUGAAAUCUUUUUGUUCAGUUUUAGCCAUUUUAGUUUUACUACGUUUCAUUCAAGUUACUUCAGAGGAGCCUGCACUAAGCUCCACGCUGAUCUACUACAUCUUGUAAGUAUGGUAGGAGUAUCAGGGUAGCUAUUUCUCUUCUUCACCCUUUUUUGUUUCAUUUAUUUUGCUUUGCAGAAAGGAAAUUAAAUAAUGCAUCUCUGCAAGCAUACAGCAGCUUUGCACUAGGGCUGAGCAAUUCCUGCCAGAAAUCACAGUUAGAUAACUCUUCUAGCUGAGCAGAUUCAAGCUGGCUCCAAGAGGUGUGUUUGAGUGCAAUCACUGUUUAACAAGUUUCAAGAAGACAGCUGGCUGCUUGGCACGUCAAAACCAUGAAGGCACUAAAUUGAUCUCUGGACUUCCAUGCAACCAAGCCCAGAUCCCCAGAGGGAUAAAAAGGGCAUCCCGCACCCUCUUCCAUCAGAAAGCUGCACUCUCCCAGCUUGCUGCUUUGUGCCUGUGCCAGGCCGUGAUCUCCUGCUGUGAUGAACCGGCAGACGUACAGCAUGAGAGCCGGCAGUGGAGGCAGAUCUUACAGCGCUGCCUCAGCUGUCAUUCCCAGUGGCAACAGGGCUUGCUUCAGUUCGAUGUCUGUUGCACGAUCUGGAGGAGGUGGAGGAGGUUUUGGAAGGCUCAUUGGAGGAGGUGGCGGUGGCUUCGGCAGCAGGAGCCUCUACAACCUUGGUGGUACCAAGAGGAUAUCCAUCGGGGUUGGAAGCAGCUACAGGACUGUUUUCGGGGGUGGAGCCGGUGGCGGCGGUGGAUUUGGUGGCGGCGGAGCUGGUGGUGGUUUUGGACUUGGUCUCGGUGGUGGAGGUGGUGGAUAUAGCUUGGGUGGAGGUGCUGGUGGGCUUGGCUUUGGUGGGGGACAGGGAGGUGGUGGAGGGUUUGGCUUUGGUGGAGCAGGGGGCCUGGGAGGACUUGGCGGAGGGCUGGGUGGCAGCAGGAGUCCGGCAGGAUUUGGUGGUGGCCCACCGGGAGUCGGUACCAUCCAAGAAGUGACGGUCAACCAGAGUCUCCUGGCACCCCUGAACCUGGAGAUCGAUCCAAACAUCCAGCAGGUGCGGAAAGAUGAGAAGGAGCAAAUCAAGACCCUCAACAACAAAUUUGCUUCUUUCAUUGACAAGGUGAGAUUUCAUCAAGCACUGUGGAACUGUGCUAGGGAGCAAGACAGUCUUGUAUCUACAAAAAUAUAGCUUCAGAAAUCUUCAGUCUAUUGCAUAUUUCCUAUCUGCAUGUUUUUAAUAAAGUAAUCAAAAAAGAACCUACUUCUAAACAGUUACAAGGCAGAAAGCUAGACAUUGAAAACUAGUAACGAGGAUUCAGGUUUUGUGCCUGAGAAAUAAGAUAUAUUAUCUCAAAUUAGAGUAAGCCAGUUGCUUAACCUAGCUGUCUUUGCGAGGUAUCACAGCAGAGGUGCUGCUUCUUUUGUCCAGCUUUAUUGUCUGAAAGCUAAGGUCCUUCUUAUAUAGACUCAACGCAAGUCCUUUCUCAGCUUUUCUUUCUCUAAAUACCUUAUAUGUAGUACACAUGAGCAAGAGAAGAGGCAAUUAAGUACCUGUCUUUUAACCUGUAGUACUCAGAUAUUAGCGUUAAUUAAGGAAGAUAAAUAUCACUUGCAAAGAAGGAAAAAAACGAAGGAUGUUAAAGAAAGCAAGUGAUGAAAGAGCUGAACCCACAUUUUCUAAUGAUUACUCAUUGGCUUCCUGAAUUAAAUUGUCUCUAAUUAGAAUUGUCCACCAGUGGCAAAUUUGCUUAGCUACUGGAUGGGCAAACAUAGCGCUGGAUAAUCUGGAUGAUAUUCACAGCUGGAUUUAACACUCCUGGUUUGGGAUUCACUUGGUUUGUGCUAUUCAUCAGUCCCAGUUACUGUCCCUUGGCCAUCAGCACAUUCACAGGCUUCUUAUGCUAACCUUCUUCUGCCUCC